CCUUCAUACGGUAGGAACGCACCGAAAGGGAAUCAGAUGAUGGGGCGGGUGCAAGUUGGCUUUUGGUUCUGACACCGCGAAGACGUGAUUUGUAGCCGGUUUUUUUCCUCUCCUCUGGACAAGGUUCUAGAACUAUUACUGGAUUCAUACUUUUCUCCAUACGCCAACCUCGACCAUCAGUCAAUCCUUACCCCUUAGACAAAGUGAUACGUUUUGUUUGAAUUGUUUUCUCCGUUGGAAAGUUUGUGCUUACUGCUUACCUUCACUCCGAGUCUCUUGUGAGUCAUUUUCACCUCAAGGUCGUCAACGUUUUUUCAUAUUUUGAGCUACCCAAAGGGGAUGAGUACUUCCUAGUGAGUGAAUCCUACGAAUUCGAUUCCAUUCAGCGUCCAGACACCAAGACUACUUUUGUCAUGGAUAAGGAGGACACUAUAAGUGCCAACAGUGUACCGGGUUCGAGCAGCACUGCGUCCACAGAAGAGGCUCACCAUAAAGGCCACGAUAACCCCGGAUUUGAGCACAGUCCCGGGAAGGACACACCCAGCAUCACGCCCUCUCCUCCUCCGGCACAUGAAGCUGUCAAUUUGGAGUUGGUAGAGCUCACACCGCCCAAUAAACGAAUGAAUGAGGUGGAUGGACGGCACAAGAAGGCCGGAUUACCGGACGAUCAUUUCAUUGCCGUGAAUGAACACAAGAAGGGAAUCAGAGGAGAGAAGCUAUAUGUGACCAAAGAUCAACGAGGAAAUGAGAAUAGUGCCACUAAUCGCAAACGUUUGUGUAUUGGCCUCAUCCUUGCAGUGCUCCUUGGCGCUGUCAUAAUUGCAAUUUUAGUGGGCGCUGGCGUGAUUGAUCCGUACCCUGACUCGCAAGAACUCAAAGAAAAAGAUAUUCCACAGAAUGGACCUCGAGUUGGCGGUGUCAUUGAUCCAGAUGCAGGAGGCGAUCCUAAUGACAUAUUCGGCAAACCAGCAGCCACUCCCCCGGCCAAACCAGACUCAUCUCCCAAUGCCUUGGAAGGCGAAUUGAGGCUGACCAAUCUGUCAUGGGACGAACAAUUGGCUGACAAAGACUCGGACAUGUAUAAAGAACUGGUCGCCAAAUUGGAACAAGAGCUCAAAGACUCUUUGGCAGGAUCCAACUCAGAUUUGAACAUCAAUAUCGUGGGCCUUCAACAAGGGAGCGUUAUCAUACAAUACAGAAUCAGCGCACCCAACGGAGGAGCCACCUCAGAGAUUGACCCUGAGGGAUUGAAGAACAAACUAUCGGACAUUCAGAGAGAAUCGAGAUUCUCUGAUUUGUACGAAAUCGACCCAGAAUCAAUCACUUUGAAUUAUUUGCAAAAUGAGUGUCAAACCUUGGAUUGCUCCCAUGCUUGUUACUACAACUAUGGCGCCAAUCAGUUCGAAUGUUCUUGUCCUGAGGGAAUGACUCUUGGCCAAAACCAGCGGUCUUGUGAAGAAAAUGGAACAAGGAAGGAAACUGACAUUUUGCCCGGCCAACUCUUUGAAACCACGACCACUACCUCCACAAAUGCCACAACAACCCAUACUGAAGAUCUCACCACUUCUUUUGAAACCAUUCAAGAACCCGAAUCUGAAUCGGAAGGAAUCAAUUCGACAACAGAAGGAUCCGAGGUUGUGGGCGAGGCUGAGGCCGAGGCUGAAGCUGAAGGCACUUAUCCUACCACUGAAGAAUAUGAACCAAUGGCUGAAGGCACCCUCUCCACCACGAAUGAAGCCAAACCUGAAACUGAAGGCACGGUAUACCCCGUAACUGGAGAACCAGAAAUCGAAGUCGAGGUUAAUCAAGUAACAACCGAGGAAUCCGAAAUCCAAACUGGGAUCUCACAUUCUGUCACAGACGAGCCUGAGGCUGAAGGUACUUCUUAUUCCAUUGCUAAAGACUCAGAGGCUGUGGAUGCUAUUGGCCAAACAACAACCGAUGAACCCGUGCCUGAGGAGGUCGACUUGGCGGGCAAACAUACAACUACGGAAGAAACUCUCACGGUUGGGAAGGUUGAAGAUGAGGAGGCCUGGCCUGAGAUCAUUAUUGGUGCUGAUGAAACCACCACUACAGAGCCAGAGAUCCUCUCGAGCACAACAAGCAGUAUAAUUCCCAAUGGUGAUGAAGCCGAGGAAAGCUUGGAGGUCGUCACAGGCUUCCCGGAGUCUGAAGAAGGUGUGUCUUCAAUUGGUACUACUGCAAAGCAUUUAGAAAUUGUCCAAACUCCCACCUCAAAACCAGUGGAGGAGGCAAUGGUUUUAAAUCUCACUCUCUCAUCUGAGACAGACACAACCACCCAAAACGUGCUUGAAGAGAACGAUGAGAGUGCCACUACUCCCAAGAAUCCAACAACUAUUGACAUUGUAAUGCCUGUAUUUGGAGAUGGUAAGAAUAUUUCUCAGGAAAUGGAGGACAAGGUGCACCAUGUUGUGGCAAAUGUCCUUUCGGAAAUGACUUGGACCACAGAAGAACCCGAGCUGGAUGAGACCACCUCAACUCAAACCAUUGAACUUCUGGAGAACUCCGAAACGAUUCUUGGAAGGCAUGCCACUAACAUGGCUGAGACCUCGACCCCUCUUGAAACAGACACCCUUCUGGGCACCACGACCAUGAGCAUGGAAACUGAAUCAACCACUACGGAUGAUGCAACCAUGGUGGCUUUGGAAAGAACCUUAGCUGCCGUGGUCGCCAAUGUGACAACACUUUUCGAGACAACACAACAAACAAUGCUUGAGGGUGAAACAACUGAGACUGAGAAUAACAUUGACACACAAACUACUCAAACUGAGACUUUAACGACUAAACAGACCUAUGAUCACUUGCAUGAAACUGGCAGCAUGACUGAAGCCACUAUUCUCGUCACUGAGGAGAAUACAAGAGGCACCCCUUCAACGGAGAGUUCACUCGACUCGGCUUCAUCAACCACCAUGGAUGACACGCUCAUGACCUCAACGACACUCUCUUCUAUGACAACAGCUCCACUUCAGGAUACCACUACCAUCUCAGGGGCUAUGGGAAUGGUCGUCGAAGACGAACUGAAACAAUCCAUUACUGAAAUAACCAAUAUCAUUGCAGAGGAGUCAACUAUGACUUCAUCAACAGUCGGGGCCUCUUCAACCGCAUCAAACCUGACAUCAACACGAAACACUGAGGCCAUUCCAAGAAAUCUAGAACUCAACGAGACAGAUGAAAAUCGGAUCAGUGAGGAGGAGAAGCUACAGCUUCACAAGAUAACAGAUGACUUGGAAGGUUCCGGGGAUCUCGAGGAAGUCGAUACUUUCCCUGAUAUUGAGAAAGUUGCUGUUGAUACCGAAACUAUCCAAGAAACCACAACUGAUGCAUCCGAAUCAACCGAAACCCCAACCGAUACAUCAGAGUCAAUCGAGACGAUGGCUGUGGCAUCCGGGUCCGUAAGAACUACGACCGGUGCCUCUGAAUCGGUCGAGGCCAAGACUGUGGCAUUUGAGUCAAUAGAAACGACGACCAGGGUAUCUGGGCCCGUCGACAGUACGACGGGGGAAUCUGAACCAAUUGAUACCACGACCAGGGCAUCUGAACCAAUUGAUACCACGACCGGGGCUUCUGAAUUAGAACUAGACAUUACUACUGAGGUCUCUGAAUCAAUAGAAACCACAUUUGCGGAUGACUCGGUAGAAACCACCACUGGCUCCACUGUGAUUGCAAAAGGGUUGGACAUUGUUGAUUCCUGCGACGGUCAAUUCAAGUGCGAAGAUGAGUCGUGCAUUCCUCGUAGUGACGUAUGCAACAACAUCAAAGACUGUCCCAAUGGUUCGGACGAAGAAGCGUGUGGAUCCAAAACUACAUGUCUUGAUGAGGAGUUUGCGUGUUCAUCAGGUCGUUGUUUGCCCAAGUCCAUGAAAUGUGAUGGCCGGAGGGACUGCCCCAAUGGCGAGGAUGAGUUAAAGUGCAGACAGGAGUGCCCUGAGGAUUCUUUCCUCUGUCCAGAAGGUUUCUGCAUUUCCAAGUCAGUGACAUGCGAUGGAACUCCAGAUUGUUCUCAAGGCGAAGAUGAGAAGGAAUGCAGCUGUGGGAGUGACGAGUUCCGAUGCUCGUUCGGAGGAGGCUGCAUUAUGCAAUCCAAGCAAUGCGAUGGCGUGUUCGAUUGCGCUGAUAACUCAGAUGAAUGGAAUUGUUUGAACUUGGAUCAAAACAAUCUACUUUUGGUCAAAGGAAUGAACCAAACCUGGUCCUCGAUUUGUUCUUACGGAUGGGAUGAUAUUUUAAGUGAGGGUGCCUGUCUGCAAAUGGGCUUUGCUGAAAUGACCACUGCUUCAGAGGUGACCAAUAUCCCAGAGCAAGCUCCACUCUCGGUUAACACCACAUUUUUGUUUGAGAGCCCUCUGCAAGGUGCUUUGGUCGACGAUGACGAGGGUAAUUGUUCCAGCGUCGUUGCUUUGAACUGCAAAUCCCAAGAUUGUGGAAGUUGGACGAUCAAAGAGUCGGUGUUGAGUAGUCUCAAAGAGGGCCAGACCCCUGAGUCGAACUCUCCUUGGCCGAAUGUAGCUUACAUUUUCAAUGUCAAAGGCAAGAGCAGUUGCACUGGAUCCAUCCUUAGUCCCAAGUGGCUUCUGAUCUCUUAUAGCUGCAUCGCUCAAAAGGAUCUUGAUCCACUCCAAUGGGUGGCAUUCGGUGGUCCAGCUGGUGCCAAUGAAGACAGCCCCGAUGGCUUGACCGAUGGAACACAAAUCAAGAUGAUUGAAGCCAUCCACAAACAUCCCAGCUCUCAGUUCUCACAAGGGUUCCAAAGCAAUGACUUGGCCUUGGUCCAAUUGUUAGAACCUUUCAAUUUUACCGAUGGUCUUGUACAGAGCAUUUGCAUGUCUGAUAAACCCGUUGAGCCUGAACAAACUUGCGUCACUGCCGGGUGGUCUGACGCUGAGAAAGGAGGUUUGACUUUCCGUCAAUACAUGGAUUACAUGCCCAUGCCCAAUUACGACUUGAACAAGUGUAACACAACCGAACACUACAACGGCCUUUUGGGAACCGACGUGUUGUGCACUGGAACCAAAUCGAAAGAUUCAGGGUGCCGGGACGAUAUUGGGGCUCCCAUGAUGUGCAAUGAUUCGGAGGGUGUGUGGAAGUUAUAUGGCAUCCUCAACCACGAAGGUGUUUGCCGCAAUGUGCCACACCCAGAUGUGUACACCUCCAUCCCGGUACACAGGUCCUGGAUCGAUCAAGUCAUGGGCAGGCUCUAAACGAGGAGCACAUCUAUCCUAAUGCAAAUUAUGUGCUUGCCAAAUACUGGACCUGGGCAUUUUUUUCUCCUCGAAUGGCUGUGAUAAUCCUCUUCCUCCUCAUUCCCACUCUCCAAUCUGGAAAAAAAUGUGUGUAAAUGAACGAUGGUCAUUAAUCCUGAUUCGAACAAGAACCACGGUAUCAAAAAGCCCUACUUAUAGCUUCCAAGCCAACCAACCCAGUUCCAAAACAUUCGUUUACCAGGAAUGGGGACGAUAAUUCUCAAGAACCACCUGGAUGUUGUAUAAAACAAUAUAACGAACACACGUAGUUGUUUUGCAAUACUUUUGUACGUCAUGACUGUCUGGAUUGAAUGUGAAAUUCCGGAUGUUGAAUGAAUCAAUAUUCCACCUGAUUGGUAUUUGUAUGCUUGCUGAAAAUUUAAUAAAGAAUAGAAACUUACCAAA